AUGCCUUUACCCAUGCUUUGGAGCAAAAAGUACAGCCUUGCACCUAUCGCCAUCCUCAUCCUCGUCGCCCUGACCGCUAUCUACUCUUUGCGAGCCCCUUUUUUGGAAUUCGCUACUUCCCACGCUCUGCCAUCGUCAUCGAAAAUACCGGCUUCAAAAAAUGUCGCUGUCAUGAUCGAAGACCGAGCCCUUGGCAAUAUCGUACCUCUCCUUUUGCACUUUGCCUCAGUCCUUGGUCCUGAAUGGCCGAUAAUAUAUUAUACAUCUGUAAUUAGCCACCCAAAUUCAACAGCCUUUCGUCGCGCGGUCGAAGAGGGCCGCAUAUCGAUCAGACCAUUGCCAAAGGGCGUGGAAUUCGCAAAGCACCAAUCUGUAUCCGAAUUUCUUACGAAGCCUUGGCUUUGGGAACAGCUCGCUCCGGCAGGGCAUGUUUUGAUGUUCCAAGCCGACAGCAUUAUUUGCUCCAAUUCUGAGAUCCGAAUUGAGGACUUUCUUGAAUACGACUUUGUUGGGGCACCAAUCGACGUGCCAAUCACUCCACCGGAUGGGCAUGGGGAAGGAUAUAACGGGGGUUUCUCUUUGCGGAAUAGGUCUAUGAUACUCGACAUCGUCAACACAUUUAGUUGGCAGGGAGAGAAGGAGGAGGGAAAAAUCACACAGGCACCGUGUGUCACCCAAGAACCAUGUCUGAAAUUCGAGGAUCAGUGGUUCUACCACAAAAUGAAGGAGAAUGGAGCACGCUUACCCACCAAAGAAGUCGCCUCAAAGUUUGCAGUCGAAACAAUAUGGAAUGACAGACCCCUGGGAUUUCACCAAGUAGAAAGAUGGAAUAAGGAUAAGAUAGGUAAAGUGACGGAGUGGUGCCCAGAAUAUGCGAUGGCCACGAAUGACCUUCUGGUCAAGCAUCCGUAG